UUGAAGUUAGCAAUAAUGGAGAAAGCAGAUCCCGUUUGCAGGAUUUGUCUGCUACAACCAAAGACUGAGACACUAAUGCCAACCGAGUCGGAUUUCUUUGCACAAAUCGAACAAUGCACCGGAGUUUUGUUGACACAAGAUGAACGCUUGCCCAAUAAAAUAUGCACCAGCUGCGCGUUGUUGCUGCGUGCUGCACUCAAGCUGCGAACGAUGUGCCAGCAGACGGAGGAGCAGCUAAAAAAUACCAAAUCCGCAGAGGAGCAGCAACAGUUGCAAUUAGACAGUGGCAGUGAGAUGCUAACGGAGUUCAUAGACUCCUAUGAGGUGACACUGGAAACGGAUAGCAUCACAGGCAGCACAGACGGCAUCACAAUAAAACCCUCAAAUCCUGCACGCACAACUGUACCCGCCCAUAAGUCCCAGCGCCGGAGACGCACCGUUGCUGCUGGAACGGCAACCAACACAGGCAGCGAAUCUGAAUGUAGCAAGCCUCUGGCCAUAUCGUAUGUGUGCAACAUCUGCAACAAUGUCUAUGCGGAGAAGGUCAAACUAACGAUGCAUCUUAAGCUACACAGCAUGCAUAAGCCGCACGAAUGCGAAAUUUGUCACAAGCGUUUCCGUCAAACGCCGCAGCUGGCGCGGCACAUGAACUCACACACUGGAUUACGGCCAUACAAGUGUCAUUAUUGUUACGCCUCCUUCGCAGAUCCCUCCACGCGCAUCAAGCAUCAACGGAUUCAUACAAAUGAACGGCCAUAUAAAUGCAAGUAUUGCAACAAAUCGUUUGCCUACUCCAAUGUGCUGAAUGUCCAUCUUAAGACCCAUACGGGCGAACGACCCUUCAGCUGUCAAUACUGCGGGCGGCCCUUCUCCCAGGCGCAUCACAAAAACACACACGAGCGCACGCACAUGGUAAAAGAGGAGCUGGAAAUUGCAAUGACAGAGGAUUGGCGUCGUCCAGCUAAAUUUCUGCAAUCCGUGCAUUCGUUGCAAUAUUUCAUAAACAAGGAGAUGCCGACUACAACGACAGCAACAACGGAGAAGUGGAUAGUCUGUCGAGUGUGCUUGCAGCAGCCCAAGGAAGCAAUGGGCAGCAUUUUCAAUGACGACGCAUCCAAAGAUAUGACCAACAUGAUAUUAGAAUGCGGCGGUGUGCCUAUUAAGAAAUUCGAUCAUUAUCCAGACAAGAUAUGCGAAAAGUGCUCGAAGAGUUUACACAUAGCAUACAAGUUUCGCCGCACUUGUCAACGCUCCUACAAGCAUCUGCGGCAGUUUAUAGCGCCCGUUGUUGUGGAGCAACCGUCGGCGGGGGAGGAUGGCCAGGUGAUGCUGAGUCCCAAUGAGCCAGUGGGCGCAGAAAUUGCCGAAACAAUUGGUGCGACCGGAAAUGAAGAGCACACAGAGGAGGAGGACGUCAAGGAACGCCUAGUGCACAUGAAGAGCGAACAGGUUGAAGAGGAUGGCAUUAUUGAGGAGCUGUAUGAUGUAUAUGAGGCGUACGAUGGUGAAAUUGUCACCGAACAGCCAGCCAAUUAUGAGGAGGGCAACCCAGACGAGGGCAACGAGGAAAUGGGAGCACAUUCCAUCUCAGGUCUAUCCGCGGACAUUGAGUAUCUGGAGCAACUCGAUCAUGAUCAGUUAACGGAGAGCGCACACGAGGACGAUGUCGAAGUGCAAAACUCAUCGGACGAGGAAGAAUUUGUGCCCGUCAAAACACGCAACACACGCUCCGCCGGCGCCGGUGUCAAGAGGCGUAUGAAUACACGAAAGGCGACAACCAGUAAAACGGUAAUGGGGAAUGUUAAGCGGGACAAGUGUAGCGUGACCAACAUCAUUGUGAAUCCCGACGAGAGCAUCAGUUUCGGUGAAACAAUUGUGUGCAAGACGAAGGGCAUCAAAACCAAAGGUGGCCACAAAAUUCUCGUCGGCGACAAAAAGGAAUUCAAAUAUAUAUGCGACAUUUGUGGCAACAUGUAUCCAUCGCAGAGUCGCCUCACCGAGCACAUCAAAGUACACUCCGGCGUCAAGCCCCACGAAUGCGAAAUCUGCGGUCAUUGCUUUGCCCAGGCACAGCAGCUAGCCCGGCACAUGAACACACACACGGGCAAUCGACCUUUUAAGUGCAGCUACUGCCCGGCAGCAUUUGCGGACUUGUCCACCCGCAACAAGCAUCAUCGAAUUCACACCAAUGAGCGUCCAUACAAGUGCGACGUGUGCAAUAAGACCUUUACCUACACCAACACACUGAAAUUCCAUAAGAUGAUUCAUACGGGCGAGAAGCCGCAUGUUUGCGAAAUCUGCGGCAAGGGUUUUCCGCAGGCGUACAAGCUGCGCAAUCAUCGAGUCACCCACGAUCGCCGCGUGGUCGCCGUCAAUCCCCAUGUGGACGAUCUUUAUCCAGUUUAUACAGAGGCCAAGGCCGGACUGGAGCUGUAAAUGCAGAUCUACAAAUAUACAAAAAAUAUACACUAAUAGAUAUAUAUAAAUA